AUGGCAGCCAACGGCAACGGACACGCCUCCGACGCUGGGGCCGCAGAGGGACACCCGUUCCUCGGUCGCGAGCUACGCGUUGAACUGACGGACGGCCGCGUUAUCGUCGGUACCCUCAUCGCCUACGAGGGUAGUGGUGACCUGCUGCUGCAGGCUGCUGUCGAGCAGCGCGUCUUCAAAGACGGCGAAGUCACCAUGCGCGGGCUGAAUCUCCUCGCCAUCCCCUUCAAGCACGUGAAGGGGCUGCAUCGCCGUCAGCCGGGUCUGGGGCCGAUCGUGCUCACCAGCGGGGAGGCCGAGAGGGAGACGCCGGCGUUGAUGGUUUGA